AUGGAUGAAAAAUCAGUUGGUGGGCAUAGAAUUUUUCAGCUACAUGAACUAGAGGAGUUGAGGAAUGAAGCUUAUGAAAAUCAUAGAAUAUAUAAAGAAAAAACUAAAACUUUUUAUGAUAAAUACAUUAGUAGAAAAAAAUUUGAUGUUGGACAAAAAGUGUGGUUAUAUGAUUCUAGGCUGAAAUUAUUCCCAGGAAAAUUAAAAUCAAAAUGGAAAGGGCCUUAUGUGGUGGAAGAGACAUAUGAUCAUGGGGCUGUAAUGAUUAAAGAUCCUAAAAGUGAUCUGACGUGACUCAGUCGUUGUAUAUUAAUUCACGCAAAUAUAAAAUUUAUAAAACUAGAAAAUACGAAUUUUCGGAUAUUUAAAAGUAUUUCUGAAUAAAUAUAUCAAUUAUAAUUCAAUAAAACUUCCAAAAAUAGCAGUAAUUUUCCAAGUCGAUCACAGGGAUGUAAUAUAAUAUCUGGUAAUUAUUCAGAAUUUUUCUCAAUAAAUACGAUUUUCUAUGACUUUUAUACUAGGAAAUAAAAAGAAAAUAUAUUUAAAAUUCACAAAAAAGGGAAAUAAGGGUGCAGGCGUCAGGAUGACGUCAGCGCCUAGCGAACGCGAAUCGGGCAGAAACAGAGUUCCGCCUGACUAUUCUUACGUAAGCGAUUACAGAUGAUUUAAUUAAUCAAAUUAAGAUCUGUAAAAGCCGAAAGAAUCAUAA